AUGCAGAGUGCAGGAGGCAGCGCUGAUCAGAGGCGUCCCCUGUUUGGAGGAGCGAUGUCAGCGGUCGUCCCUCACAGCGCCACAGACGUCAGCGAUCUGAGGGAGAUUCCUGACAACCAGGAGGUGUUCGCCCACGCCCACACCGACCAAAGCCUCAUCGUGGAGCUGGUGGAGUUCCAGGCUCAGGUGGCGGACGAGGACGCGGCCAGGUACCACUUCGAGGACAUCGCGGGCACCAACAAAGCUUUAGAGCCCGGUGCUUUUGAGGUGAACGGCGUCGUGGCGGUGUCCGCAUCCGAGCUGUGCCUGUCAGAGUGCAACACAGCAUGGAUGCUCACUGGCACACAGUGCGUGUCCAAGUUUAACGAGCAGGCGAGGAAUACGGUGACCCUUCACCUGGGUCUGCUUCGCCUGCCGCAGUUCUCCACGGAUGUCCUGAUCACCUUCAACGACCCGCAGAGCAUCAGCCCUGACAGCAGCAGUGCCUCUGCACUGGGGACACACAAGCAGCCGUGGACAGUGCUAGACUUCCAGCAUUUGUUGCGGACUCUGACUCUGCACAACCCAGGGCUUUUUGGAUAGAGUGACUACGAAACUCACCCAAGCAUUUCUUGUUGACAGAGGUAGAAUUAACAGAGACCUUACUUUGCAGGAGCCCUACUAAUCUGGUCUCAGUGCAGUCUCAGUGUCCCAAACCUUUUGAAGGUUACUUUUCACCGCAGCAGCCCUUCCUUCUGCGUGUUUAGCCUACUUUUAUUUUGAAAUAAAAAUCAAUUCAUAAAUGUAAUUGUUUAGGUCUCCUGAUCAAGAUUUAGUCAGUUUUUUACUACAUAGUAGGGAAUGCUCACCUUUCUUGAACUGACUUAAUUAAUCAUCACCCCCCCGCUCCAUCUGUAUCCCUUUAUAAUCCAUCAUUCCACCCAUUUUUCUGUUUGUCCUUUUGAGGUUUAAGGCUGCUGGAGCUGGUCUGGUCCCAGCUAUCAUUAGUGUAGAAUACAAUAGAAUAGAAUAGCAAACCAUGCCAUUGCCAUGUUGCAACAGCAGAAAAAAGACAGAAAUCAAAACAAAAACAGGGACGGACAGUCUCCAGGCAACCUGACUGCAUGUUGUUGGACUGUGGGAGGAAACACAAGAAUCCAGACACAGAGAGAACAUACAGUCUUCACAAAGAAAGGAACCUUCCGCUCCUUCUGUAUUAUACUCAAAAAUAUAUUCCCAUACUUCGCAAUGCUUGAGUCUGUUUUUAUGAUUAUACAUAGAUAUAUUCGUAUGCAGCUGACAAAAAGAAGUAUAUUGUCAGUAUCCGUUGUCCCUAAACGUUCUCUUAAAAACCUUUUAAUUAGCACGCCACACAUGGUCUCACACCCAACUUGAUUACAUCGCUCUAAUCUCAGUCUUGUUUUUACAGCAUGUUGAUGGAAGCUGUGUACUUAAUGGCAAAGUUCAAAGCAAAACAGGAGACUGAAGGUUAAAGGCGACACCCUGCACAUAACCUCCCUUUGGAGCAGUCAAAUGCACAUAAUGGUCAUAAAAAGUGAAAACUGAGAGGCCGGGUCCCAGCAGGGCACGGAUUAGGUCCAACUGUUUCUGUCAUUCGCUGGAGUGGUUUCAUGCUUUAGUAGUUCAUUAGCCUGACCUUUGAAAAAUCUUGGAGGGACUUCAUUCAAGUAUGAGUUUGGUGAAAUACAGAAUUUAUGGAACGGAAAGUGACCCUCAUUAGAAGCUGCUUUAAACUUAAAACCAAACCAAAGACUCAGGUCAUAGAAUAUGUAAGAGAAUCCAUUUUUCUCAGCUACAUUUUUGAGCGAAGGAAAACAUCUGAGGUUCUACUCUGUUGAAUACGGCUUGUAACAGCAGGGGAAUCAGGUAGUUCAUGCAUAACUAAUAAUAGGAAGCACAGUGUGUCUCUCCAAAGCCACAUCAAACCCGCCCCAGCAGAUUGUGUUCUCGUAAAAUCAGGAAUCCUUUCCUCUCCCAGUGAUCCCAGCACAUUCCCAUUAACCGCAUCGUCUACAGCGGCUCAGCAGCCAAGCGGACUUCUGCCUAUUCCUUCCGUUGUUCUGUUGGUAAUAAAUGCCAAAGACAUCCUGUCUGUAGGACCUGAUGAGGGCUCAGGAAAGAGGCAUUUGACUUGCUGUUCACAAGAGGAGAGGGAGGCAUAGAGUUAAAGCUUUUUCCAGGUCCUAAAAAUGGACUAGUAUAACAGGCCUCCUGGGGCACUAAUAGUGCAGUGGUCUCACAAAUGUUUCGGUCUGUGAUACCAUGUGUCAAAAAAUGGAAAUGAUUAAAUGUUGAGCUAAAUAAAAACAUAAACAUUAAAUUAUCCAGAAUGCAUUUAAUAAAGUAAUAAACUGUUCGAUAAGUAAUGACACCGCAAUAGUAGGUCUCAUAUCAGACAACAACGGGUGUGAAGUGGUGGAGUUUGUGGAAAACAUCAUAUUCCUGGAAAUUCACAUCACAUCUGACCUCACUUGGCCUCUGAAUGUUCCAUACCUGGUAUAGAAGGCCCAACAAAGGCUCUUCUUCCUCAGGAAGCUGAAAAGUCCCGGACUCUCCUCUCAGGUGCUUGUCAAUAUCUACAGAGCCACAACAGAGAGCGUCCUGCGUCUGAAUGUGACGUGUGAUGUGUGGUACGGGAGCAGCCCUGCACAGGACAGGAAAGACCCAACCUGGGUGGUGGGAACAGCAACACAGUCUGUCUUAAGGCAAAAACGAAGAGACUGAGUGACAGCUUCUUUCCUAGAGCUGCUAAAUCUAUCUCUCCUCCCCAGAUCCACUAAAACACACAUCUUCCCCCUGAGGCUCACACACAAACACACACUACCUUCCACAGUUGAUGGACACAUGCAUAGAGCUCUUUAAACUUCCCUGUUUAUCUCAAAGGGUCCCACUAAUAUAAGACUCAAUAAUUAGACCAUAAUAUGUGGUCUGUGCAUAUAUUACCUGAGGCUGGCAAAAAAACUGCAGCGCUUACGCUUCUGGUAAAUAUGCUACUGUUUUUAUUUCCCAAUCCAAAAUUGUGUUAUGCGUAUGUACAAUGACAAUAAACUCUUCUGAUUCUGAA